GUACAUAUGUAUCUUCUUCAUAUUUAUGUACUAUGAUCUGUUUGAUGAACAGGACGAGAAAUUAAUCAGUGAGUUAACUAGCUAGCCAGGAACAAAGAUGGUAAGGAUGCCUUGUUGUUCGAAAGAGGGGCUCAACAGAGGAGCAUGGUCUCCUCGGGAAGACAAGAUUCUCAGCGACUACAUCAAAGCUCAUGGCGAAGGCAAAUGGAGAGACCUCCCUAAAAACGCAGGGUUGAAGCGGUGUGGCAAGAGUUGCAGACUCCGGUGGCUGAAUUACUUGAGGCCGGACAUUAAGAGAGGUAACAUCACUGAAGACGAAGAGAACCUAAUUGUCAAGCUCCACGCACUCCUUGGAAAUCGAUGGUCGCUGAUUGCCGGUAGGUUGCCUGGGCGAACAGACAAUGAAAUCAAGAACUACUGGAACACGAAUUUAAGCAAGAAAACGAUGCCUCGGGUAUGCGACAGAAGGCGCUUGAACUCGAAGGAAAAUAAGGAGGCUGACAAAUUGGAUCCGGUGAACGAGCAACCGAGUCAUCGAGUGAUUCGAACCAAGGCCGUAAGGUGCACCAAGGUGUAUAAUUUGGCGAAGGACGACAACUGCUCUAGCUCUAAGCUAAUUGCUUGUAAUGAUGAGAUCAGGCCGUCGUGCCCAUUGAUGCUGCCUGAUGAUCAGGAUAUCGAUCCGUCCGGUUUCUUGGAAGACUUUGACAUGGAAGGAUUCAUGUCGGAUUUUCAAGAUGAUAGUUUCUUGCAAUAUUGCAUCGAUGGCAAUAGCGGAGAUGAUCGUGUCGACGGCGACUGGAACAUGAUGAUGGCCGGAGAGCUUGCACGGGAUCGUGCAGCUGGUUGAGGCAAACAAUGAAUUUUAAUGCUUGU